GCUCUGGUUACACCCUCUCCACCCUCUCAACGUUCAGGAUGGAGCAGACAGUUUUCCAGUUUGUACUUUAAACUCAAGCAACUUCCAUCUCAACAAGAGAUCAGAAAAACUUCUGCAACAUGUCUAUCCGGAGGUUUUGGAGCAACCCAAAAACAGUGGGAAACGUCAACGUGGUGACAGAGGAGCUGAAAAAUCUUUAUAACAAGAGGCUGCUGUCGAUCGAGAAGCAUUACUCUUUUCAUCACUUUCACUCCCCAAGCUAUGAGGAUGCAGACUUUGACAGCAAGCCAAUGGUGCUCGUGAUGGGUCAGUACUCAACAGGAAAGACUACUUUCAUCAGGUAUCUACUAGAGGAAGAUUUCCCUGGCAGCAGAGUUGGGCCAGAGCCUACCACUGACUGCUUCACUGCACUCAUGUAUGGAGAGGAAGAACGAGUCAUCCCUGGGAACGCUAUCACUGUGGAUCCAAAGAAACCCUUUCGCAACCUCGACCCAUUUGGGAAUACUUUCCUGAACAGAUUUCAGUGUGUCCAGAUGCCAAAUCCAGUCCUUGAGAGUAUCAGCAUAAUUGACACACCCGGCAUAUUAACUGCUGCCAAACGUAAACUUAGCCGAGGCUAUGACUUCCAAGCAGUACUUCGCUGGUUUGCAGAGCGUGUGGAUCGGAUCAUCCUGCUGUUCGAUUCACAUAAACUGGAGUUCUCAGAUGAGCUCACCAGGGCCUUUGGGGCUCUGUAUGGCUAUGAGGACAAGCUGCGAGUGGUUCUAAACAAAGCUGACAGGGUGGACUCUCAGCAACUUAUGAGAGUGUAUGGUGCCCUCAUGUGGUCGCUGGGGAAAGUGUUCAGAACCCCUGAAAUUCUACGGGUUUAUAUUGGAUCCUUCUGGUCAGAGCCAAGGCUGAGGUGCGACCACUACGAGCUAAUAGAGCUGGAGGAGGAGGAUCUGCUGACUGAUAUAAGGAACCUGCCACGCAACGCUGCAGUGCGAAAACUAAAUGACCUGGUGAAGAGAGCACGCUUAGUUCGGGCUCAUGCACACAUUAUCGGCUACUUGAAGAAAGAGAUGCCAACAAUCUUUUGCAAAGAAAGCAAGAAGCACAGCCUGAUCUAUGAGCUUCCUGUUAUUUUCAACAAGAUCCAACAACAGCAUCGAGUCCCAGCUGGUGACUUCCCUGAUUGCACCAAGAUGCAGGAAAAACUUCUGGGUCAAGAUUUCUCAAAGUUCAAGACCUUGAAGCCAAGUCAUAUGAGCUCCUUGGACAAACUGCUAACCAGCGAUAUAGCUGGUCUGGUUCCUUUACUGCAGCAGCAGGAGCAGAAAAAGAAAUCACUGCCUGCCGUGUUGGAUGGCGAAUUCAUGGGUACGUUCCGGCGGGACCAGUUCAAGGGAGAUCCAUUCAAGGAAAUAAUCAAAGAGGAUGAGAUCAGCGAAGCAGAUUCUGAUGAAUGGAUUGUGGAGAAAUACAAGCCAAAAUACGAUGAGAUCUUCUAUAACCUAAGUCCACACCAUGGUAAACUCAGUGGCACCAAGGUCAAAGAGUGGAUGACAAGCACACAUUUGCCAAAUUCUGUGCUUGCUCACAUCUGGAGGCUGUCUGACGUUGACAGGGAUGGCAUGCUGGACAAUGAGGAAUUUGCCUUAGCAGUCCAUCUCAUUGAGGGAAAGCUGGAAGGACACUGGCUGCCCAGAGAGCUUCCUUCACACCUGGUGCCACCCUCUAAAAGGCUCAGUACAUCAAGCGACACAACGAUGUAAUCUUCACAUUAAAGAACAAUGAUAGAAGAAUAACGAAACUUCAAAUGCCUAAAACCUGUUGUGAACAAACCUGAUCACAAUUCUUCAGGGGCCUUACAGUCUUUUGCACAAUGUUAUAUAUUUUAAUUAUUGUUCUCUUCUAUCACGAUUACAUAACACUGCUUGAUAUUUCUAACCAAAUGAUGAAUAACAUUUAUAUUGUCAUUAUGUCAAGUGCAACAAUAUUCCAUAGAUGUAUUACAGUCUUAAUCCUUCAGCUUUUCACCAAACUAUAUGGCAGAAAUGACCAUAUAGUCCUGGAGAGCAGAGGCAGUCUCCAUAAGUUUAUGGCAGGCUCCGUUGUUGUGGCAUUUGCACUUUUGUCUACAGUCUGCCUUCCACAAUAACCCCUUGGACAAUCUAUGAUUGAAAGACCUUUGUACAUUGAUGGAUGACAACAAAAUUUACUUCAUUUUACAUCACAGUUUCU